AUGCCAUCAACUCUCAAGGAGCUCCCUUUCGACGUGCUCCUUCAACUUGUAGCUUAUCUCAACGUCGAUGAUUUCAUUCAUCUCCGACAGACAUCGAGGCAGGUUCGGGGCAUCACCUCCUCGCGCGACUUCUGGAGCGCCCUGUACAAGUCUAGCUCCCUUCCAAGACCCUUUGGCCCUCACCACGAACAGACAAAGCAAGUACUCGAGGAUACUCUUAUCCGUUCAUUCAAAGUGCACAAGAACUUGUUCAUAGCGCCAAAGCCGCCGCGGUCUCGCACGUAUGAUCUUGGCCGAGAGAAGGGAUUGGUAAUGGGAACGAGGUGGGCGUUUACGAUCAACUCAGCCCGCACCCAGAUCAUCUGUCGGGAUAUCGACUCUGAAGAUCAUGGAGCGGUGGUUGUCCGAGAGAUGGAGGAGGGAUCGGACUUCAAGUUUUGGACGAUGCACUAUUUCAGCAGCGUGACGCACAGAGGAAAGAAUGUCAGUCUCCUUCUUCUGGAACAGCGCGUGAAGAAUCAUGAUCCCCUUCUUGCUGUCGUCGGCAGUCCAAUAAAGCUGGACGUCCUUCGGGUGCUUGAGCCAGAUACUGCGGGUGCUGGCGUACGCUUUGAAGAAGUUUACCAACAAUCGUCCGUUGUGACUAAUGCAAUGCAUACUCCUAACUUCUGCGCUUCUUUCGCUCCACACGCACUCGUAACGCAAUGGAAGUACGGACCCAGCGAAGCGUUUGUAUGGAACAUCGACAAUCUUGGGGUUGGACCAAGAGCUGUCCGCCAUCGGGCUCCUGAACCCUAUCAACCGCCCUCGUCUCUUUGCUGCAAAACACACUUGAUAACACUUGUUUUCUCGGUUCCUGAUCGUGGCACCAUCGUAGAGGCAGCACCUCUGCAAGAUGUUUUUGAUAAUACUGCACAGCGUGCUCCGCGGCCUACUUCCACCGGAAUUAUACAGGAUAGGCUCUUCAGGAAGGUCGAAGUCUUGCGUGAUUCCGCUGUCAACCGUGAAACCGGUACCAUCGAGAUCAUCCUCACAGGCGACGAAGAUGGACUCACAUGCAAAUUCGUCGUGAUCCGGCUGACUAUUCCACAAGGAACAGCUGGCGAUGGAUCACAAGAGAACAUCCACGUGGACGCACAAGAACUCAUACCACUCCCUUUCGAGGCGGAAGGGAUACUCUAUAACUCAGCGUGGAACGGAAGUAUGAGAUUGGCCUACUCGCUCAAAGACACGGAGAGAGCGGACGACGACAUUCAGGACGACGACGCCAACUGGCACUACCCAGCGUCUUGGCCACCAAGUCGCACGCGAUUAGGCAUUAUCGAGGUGGUUUACGAUGAUGAAGCUCGAGAAGGGCGUCACAUUACUGCGCCGGACGUUCCCUUACCGGAGGACGUCCGGGACAAGUUCGAUGGUGAACGGAGCAGAGCGUUUCUCAAUUUUUUCGAGGACGACGCAGGCUCAGGAAGGCUCAGCUACGUCUUUGCAGUGGGGCGCAACACAUCGAUGACGUAUAGACUGGGCGUACUCGACUUUGCAUGAUUCGGCUCGCCCUUGAUCAUCUAUCUGCAUACACUAGUUCAUUAGAGCGCGCUGAUGAGUGGUCUGCUUC